AUGGGUUCGCCGAUUUCGGGAUUCAUCGCUGAGGCGGUCCUGCAACGGUUAGAGUCGCUGGUCUUCCAACACCACAGACCGAAAUUCUGGGCCCGGUAUGUGGAUGAUACCUUCGUCGUCGUCGAACGGGAUCAGGUGUUGACGUUCCAAGAACAUCUCAAUGCCGUCUUCCCGGACAUUCAAUUUACGAUGGAGGAGGAAGAGAACAACCAGCUGGCCUUCCUGGAUGUCCUUGUGGGCAGCAAGGAUUGUGGUGGACCAAAGACCAAAGUGUUCAGGAAAGCGACAAAUACGAUGCAAGUACUGAACUUCAACAGUAACCACCCAAUCAGCCACAAACGCAGUUGUGUAAGGACGCUCUUUCGGCGUGUCGAAACGCACUGCAGUGAGCCGGAAGACAAGAUUGCCGAACUACAAUACCUCCGACGGGUCUUCAAAGCCAAUGGCUACCCGCGCAACUUCGUCGGCCGGUGCAUACGCAAAAGGGACAAAAGGCCUAACCGCAGGGACACCAAAUUUUCGCGAGCGCCUCCGUAUAUCAAGAACGUUGCAGAAGCUGUCGGCCGCCUUCUCGCACCACCUGGGUUUGGAGUUGCACACAGACCGGAGGCAACCAUCAGACGUCUGUUCAUGAAACCGAAAGACCCACUGUCACGGCUAGAAACGUCUGGAAUCGCAACUACGUCGGAGAAACCGGAAGACAUCUCCGAACGCGAAUGGCCGAACACGCUGAAGCGCUGCGGACAAAUGACGCGAGAUCCUGCCACAAAUUCAAAUUCGACGAGACCGAAAUUCUCGCAAGAGGUGACAACCGCGUGA